AUGGCUCAUUCUGUGUCAGCCAGUCGAAUGCGACGCUUAUUCGUAAAUCGCCGAUCUCUGCUUGUCUGGGUGAUCUUGGUACUCUUCUUCGGGGACUUCACCAGCUUCCCAUUCAGUCUCUCUGUGGAAGUGAUGCGAAAACGUUCACAAAAGUCGCGUUUUGCGAUGGAUUUCAAAGCUUUUAUCUUGCCUCUUUUUAUCCUCCUUCUCCAGGAAAUCCCUGUCCAUUGUGUCAAGCCACCGUGGGCCGGGGGAAACCCUUCACAUGGGAAUGUUCAUGGGAAUCCACAUAGAAAUCCUCCCGGAAAUCCUCAUGUUAAUCCUCAAAUUGAGAAUGUAGCUUCUUGCCCAGAAAUCUUGAGCAAAAGAAGUUGGGGUGGGCGAGAUCCCAUCAAAGUUUUCUACACGAUCUUACCGAUUGAGUACGUUAUUGUUCAUCAUACGGUCAGUAACCCCUGCAACAUGGAGAGAAAAUGCAUCCCGCUUGUGAAGAACAUCCAAGAUUAUCACAUGAAUGAACUGAAAUUGGAUGACAUUGGAUACAACUUCUUAAUUGGGGGCGAUGGAAGCAUUUAUGAAGGUGUUGGAUGGCACAGAAGAGGCUCCCAUACUUAUGGCUACAACAGUCGAUCAAUUGGAAUAGCCUUCAUAGGGAAUUAUGAGAACUAUGGACCGACAAAAAGGGCUGUUGAAGCAGCUAAGGAUCUUAUUCAAUGCGGAAUUAACAACAAUGAGCUGGCCAAGGAUGUUAAGGUUUACGGUGGGAGACAGGUUCAGGCCACAUUGAGUCCUGGAGAGCAUCUCUACGAUGACAUGAAGACUUGGCCGUACUUUGCGGAAAUUUGAAGAACUUGUUUUUUGGGUUGUGCGAAAUAAAAAAAUACUCUUUUCAA